UAACAAUUUAAAUUUUGAUUAAUAUGCAUCAAAAAGUUCCCUAAGCUUUAAAAUGCAUUCCUAUUAUUAUUAAAGCUAUUUGAAUUGAACAUUUAAUUACAGUUAAAAUGUCAAAAGUGUUCUAUGUUUUAAUGCAGCAGCUGGGUAAGGUUUAUUUAAUAACAAAAUUUUCCGGGACAACUUUUUCAAAACAAAUUAAUAAGCUGAACAAAUUUAAAGAUUUGGUUAUUAAGCACCGAACCCAAAUUCGGAAAAUGGCUUGGAGAUCCGUAGGAGCUAAUAAUGCGGACUUAAUACGCCAAUUAAGAGGGGUAAGAGUCCUAUUAUUAUAUUUGAUAUUUGAAAUAUAUUCUGGUUGGAUUUCCCGAACUGAAGCAAGUAAUUUGGAACUUGUUGAGCAUUUACGAGAUUAUGGUGUGGUUAAGUCAGAUAUCGUAGCUCAAGCAAUGCUCAGUACCGAUCGACGUUAUUAUUCACCACGUAAUCCAUAUAUGGAUGCACCGCAAAGUAUUGGAGGUGGAGUUACAAUAAGUGCACCCCACAUGCACGCUUUUGCUUUAGAAUAUCUACGCGAUCAUUUGAAACCUGGUGCUCAUAUACUGGACGUAGGGUCUGGAAGUGGUUAUUUAACAGCUUGUUUCUAUCGUUUAAUUGAAUCAAAGGGAAACGUUGCAAAUACUCGCGUUGUUGGCAUAGAACAUCAACCAGAUCUUGUAGUUACCAGUCAAGCAAAUCUAAAUUCCGAUGAUCCUAGCUUAUUAGAAUCUGGGAAACUAAUCAUUAUACAGGGCGAUGGACGAAAAGGGUAUCCUGAAUUUGCACCUUAUGAUGGUAUACACGUGGGUGCUGCUUCACCAGUUACACCAACUCAUCUCAUUGACCAGCUAGCUCCAGGUGGAAGAUUAAUUGUACCAGUUGGACCUGAAGGUGGUGAACAGUAUAUGAUGCAGUAUGAUAAAGACGAAGCAGGUGAAGUAACAAGUUCACGUUUAAUGGGAGUAAUGUAUGUUCCUCUUACGGAUCUUCAUCGUUCUUGACUGAAAUUAAUCUUAAAAAUUUUAUUGGUUGCCAUAAUUUUGGCAUUCAUAACAUACCGAAUUUGGAUUUGGGCCCGAAAUAAAUUUUAAGUCUUAUUACAAUUAAUUUUGAAAUAUAAAUCGGUCAAAUACUAUUAAUCUAACCUUAAUAUAUCUAUAAGCAAGAACCUAUUUUAUUAAUCGAAAUUUGUCGCAAAAUAUUUUACUUAAUUAAAAAUAAAAUA